GAUUUCAACCCCGUGCGAGUCUACUCGCGCUUUGCGGAUUGCAAGGCCCUGGUCAAGCUUGGCAGCGACCUGGGGGAUAGUGUUUGUGUGGGCUUGCCGUCGCGCGGCGACGUGAUAGCCGAGACGGUGGACGGAGAUCCUCUGACUGCCAGGGACGCCCUUGCUGCCGGUGACGGGUUCGAAGACGCCGUGUGCCCUCUGGCCGUGCUCCGAUGCGGUGUCGACGAUGCAGGCCAGGAGGUCUUAGUCCAGGGCCUUCUUGUCAAGGAGGUCGAGGGCAGGCUGGUGCUGGCAAUCCCGGCCAGCGCAUGGCACAAGAAGGUGAACAGGCGCACUUUGCCAAAGGGUUUUAUGACGAAGGUCGGCGCAGCGGAGGUGUUGGCCUGUGCUGCUUCUUCCCGGAGCGUUCCCGAGGACGAUGCUGUGUUGAGAGUUUGGUUUGGGCUGGUCGAGCCGUCCUACGAAGCCGCCAUCGAGUUCUCCGACGAGGCUCCUUCAGUUGCCUUCGGUGCUCUUGAGAACGGCGAGGCUGCCCUCCCUUUCGUGCCGGCUCUGGUCGCAGCCGUCUCCGACCACUACACCUUUGCCUCCGCCGAGAGCGGCCAGCCGGCGGUCCACAAAGAUGCUCUCAGCGCCAGGCUCGACCGACUCGAGCGGCUCUUGGGCGCUGCAAUCCCCUCAGGCUCCCAGGCAGGUCGCGCAGGUGCAAAGGCAAAGGCAAAGGUCUCAGCGAAGGCUGCCGCGCGGGCUGCCGUGCCUGCCCCCUCAGUCGACCCGGCCGUGCUUCUGGCUGCCCGUGCUGCUGGUGUGCCCGAUGGCACUCUGUCACAGUUCCAAAGGCUGUUGGGGUCCUCCGCUGUGGGGCGAAUGCAGCCCGAACCCUUUGCGACGGCUCGGGCCGACCCGCUGCAGGAGUCGGAGGACGAAGCCGAGGAGGGCGCUCUUCCGCAGGAGGUCGCCGAAGGAGGUGUUGGUGCGCUGCGGCCGCCCGCGGGCGAUUUUGCUCCCCAAGGUUCCCAGGCAGAGGCGUUUGCGGCAGCUAUGUUCAGGAUGAUGGAGAGCUACUCGAGGAGCCAAGCUGCGAAGACCUCCCCCCUCGAACGGGCCUUGGAAGGCGCAGCUGGGUCAGCCGAUCCUUCAGGGAUGCCCUCUACUCGGCGCAAUGCCGCCGCCCGGCGCGCUCUCAGGGAAGCUCUUGCAGUCAGCCCAGCCGACGUUGCGGCAACCGUGGAGCGCUUGAUGAUCGAAGACUUGACUUCCUCAGCGCCGGGCGCCGGGCUCGAACAACAGACCUCGGCUCGGGCCUGGGUCGAGCACAAGUCAAGGAUAGGGGGGUAUCCAACUGCUAUGCACAUGGCUUGGGGGGCCGCGGGUGCCUUAGACGCUUUGAAGGCCGGGCUCGUGGACCAGGCCCGGGCCAGGCUCUUUCUGAUGAUCCUGCAGUUAGAUCAAAUGAGCUGCGACAAGGGCAGCUGGGUGCUCGCGGCGGAUCUUUCGCUGGAACUUGCUCCUCCCGCCCACGUGUUCCGCCAGAGAGAUCAGAGCUCGGGCGCGUCUCAGGUUCCUAGAUCCGAGGUGGGCAGAAAUCUCCCUGACCCACCUGCGGGAACAGAUGGACUUCAGCGAGAGGCGCCUCAAGCUCAACAGGGGCCAGCCGGCCGGUGCUCCGAGCGGAGACCAGACAUCGGACCCGCCUCCCGAAGGGGGGCAAGCAAGCAAUGCCGCUCGACCGCCGCGCAGGCCGAAGAACCCGACCUGAAAACGUGCAUGUCGCAGCCCGGGGUUUGUGAGCCCGGCCUCCGCGCUAACGGGCCGACCCGUGUGCCUGGUGACCGGGCUCCUGAUUUCAAUUUGCCCGGCCUGCUGAAUUCUCUUCCGCGCCUCAUGCUUUCAAAAGGGGGCCCUUUUUCCCGUUUUCUCCGCAGCAUGCUCGACGAGGGGCAGCAACUUGCCUCUACACCUUUUGUCUGGCCGCUUCCGCUGCCCAACCCUGAAGUUUUCCGAGCGCCGAAGGGCCGAAACUCUUGGCAGCUGAAGCUGCUCAACCUUUGUGUGGCCGCCCUUUCGUGGUUGCACUUGGGGAAGCCCGUUCGUGCACCGACCGAAAUCAGGGUCGGGGCCAAGCUCAACAGGCGCCAAGCCGAAACAGUGCAGCGCCUUCGUGCCGCGAUUUUUGGUGAUGUUUUGCCUUUAAGGUUUUCUGCUCCCGAUCUUGGCCGGCACGCUGCCAAGGUCGAGAGCCAUUUCGAGACUCUGGGUGCCCUCGGCCGAGCCGCUUCUUCUUUGGCCUCAGCUUACGGAGGGUACCUAGGACCGCCUGCCGCCUCUCAACCGCAUGAUGCUGUGGCCGCUCCGGCCCUUGGUGUGCUGCCGGGGCCCCCUGCCACAAACGCAAAGCCGAUACAGGCCUCAAGGAUCAAGCUGCCCGAGCCUCCUAGGUUUGACCCUAAGCCCUACCUCGACCCCGCCACUGCCGCUCAGUUCGAGGACCCUCUUGCCUAUGCUAGAGCACCCGAGUUGGGCGAGUCGCCCCCGGCCGUGCGGAUCCUUGCCCGCUUGGAAGAGAAGCUCUUGCUCUACAGGGCACUUGCGGAUUCUGACAGGCUGGUGAUCGCGCCUCACCCGCCGGGCCGUGAGCGUUUCGGCGCUGGCUUGUUUUGCGUGCCGAAGUCUGCUGAGAAGGACAGGUUGAUCUUUGACUCGCGCCCUGCAAACCAGCUUGAAGCCUGGCCCUCAAGGUGGACUAAGACCCUUGCCUCGGCGGCGGCUGUGUGCGGCAUCGUUCUCCGGCAGGACGAAACUUUGCUUAUGAGUGGGAGUGACCUCAAGGACUGCUUUUACCAGUUCCGUGCCCCUGCGGGCCGCGUCAGGAGAAACGUCCUGGCCGACACUCUGACUCCCGAGCAGGUAGGCUUUGUCUUCAGGCUGUCGAAGGAGGCGGUUCGAGACCUCGGGCCCUAUACGACUGUCGCUUUCUCCUCGCUUGCUAUGGGCGACAGCUCGGCUUGCGAGUUUGCUCAAUGUGCCCAUCUGGGCGUGGUGUCGCAGGGAUCUGCUCUCUUCCCGGGGGAGCUUCUUGUUCAUGCGUGCGCCCCCCCCCGUGGGCUCUUGAGUGUCGGCCUUGUCAUCGACGACUUGGUCUUCCUUGAAAGGGUGCUGUCUUCAGACGUUGGCCGGAUCAGGAGCGGCGAGCUUAAGUCGCUCGGGCAUGCUCGGCUCGAUGCCGCCCUCUCGGCCUACGACGCGGCCCCUUUAGCUGUUAGCCCCGACAAGGUCUUUCACGAUUGCGACCGGGCUUCCUUUUGGGGCAUAACUGUGCAUGGCCGCUCCGGCUGGGUCAGGCCUAAUCCGGACCGCCUGUGGGCACUCGUUCUGGUGACGUCGCGGAUCGUGCAGCUUGGGCUGUGCACAGCUCAGCUUCUCGAAAGUGUCGUGGGGUCGUGGCUGUCGAUUUUCCUGCUUCGGCGCCGGCUGCUUGCCGCAAUGGAUCAUGUCUUCGCUGCGGCCCGCGGCCUCGCCCCAAACGCAAUCAUUCGGCUCUCGCCCGAGCUCUCCGCCGAGCUCUGUUCUUUUGUGCUGCUUGGGCCGCUUGCUGCUGUGUGCCUGAGGGCCCCUGUCGAUCCCCAUGUGACCGCGACCGACGCUUCCUCUACGUGGCAAGCUGCCGUGCGUGCUCCGAUUCCUGAGCCGGCCGCGUCGGAGGGUGUGCGCCAGUGCAUACAGAAAGGAGCCUGGACCCGGCUUCUCGCAGAGCCUGCCGCUUGGCUCCGGGAAAAGGGCCUUCUUGCUCUUGAGCUCGAGCUCCCUGACUCAGAGGUUUACUCUGCGCCUCCUCUGUACAUUGGCCUUGCGCGCUAUCCCUCCUAUAGCGAGUGCUGGCGGCGGGAAUACAGGACCCGGGUGCACAUAAACAUUGGAGAGCUGGAAGCCUACUUGCGGGAAGAACGGCGGGCUGGGGCUAGGAGACCUAGUUGCCGGCACCUUUUCGGCCUCGACAGCCAGGUUUGCCUGGGAGCGCUUUGCAAGGGGAGAUCAGCCAGCCCGGCUUUGAACGGUUUGCUUUCGCGGAGCAUCGCGCCUUACAUAGGGUAUCAGAUGUUGCCCCACCACAUCUUUUUCCCCUCGGCCGAGAACCCUGCCGAUGAUCCCACCAGGUUUCAGCAAGUAAGGGCCCCCACGACCCCUGCUGCCGGCUGGUGGCAAUCCCUGUGUCUAGGUGACCCUUCGCCGCUUCAGCACGAAACCCAGCGGGCCGGUUUUGCCCUGGACGGGAGCUCCUUCGAGCAGAGCCAGAUCUACGAGCUCGCGGGCAAGGGGUUUGAGCUGUUUAGGAGCAAAGGUUCGCUUGACCGGGAUUUGUACUAUAAGCCUUGGCGGCAGAGACGGCUCUCUGGCAUUCCGGCUGGCGGCCCCCGUCUUGUGGCCCCUCGGAAAAAGGGCGGGCGCUGCGACGCUCUGCCCGCUCACGUGACCUCAAGCCUCGAGGCCUGGCCCGCACGGCUCUUUGUCUACACAGGCCCCUCUCUUCAGUUCUCUGCUCCAGGUGGACUUGUUCUGUACUCCGGGCGCGGAGGCUUUGCGCGGGCUCUUGCCGGUCAUGGCUGCCCUUGGGUGCUCACUAUCAACCCUGGCCGAUCUGCAGGUGAAGAUCUCCGUGAUCCUUUGCUACGGCAGCGGCUCUUUGAGCUAGUGAAGUGUGGGGCCUUUCGGGUCGUGCUUGCUUCUCCGCCCGUCGGCUCUUUCAGCCCUGCUGCGCGGCCUGCUGCUCGGACGCGAGCUCACCCUCAGGGCCUCCCUUCCCUUCAGCUUCGCCUCCGCGAGAAAGUGAGCACUGAGAACAGCUUGGCCUCCUGGAUUCUGGCACUGACCUGUGCUGCCGGGGCAUCUGGGGCCUCUUGGUGGGUUGAUCACCCCGACUCUUCCCUUAUGUGGGCCCUUCCUGGCUUCGAGGCCUUUGCCUCUUCGGCUGAUUCAUCGGUUGUGCGUGUGGACCUUUGCCGCUUCGGCUGUGCCUGGCGUAAACGCACCCGCCUCGCGACAAAUAGCUUGUGUGCUGGAGCCAGGCUCCUUUGUGCCAAAAAGGGGCAUUUGCGUCUGUGGGGGUAUUCGAAAGCUCAUGGUUUGCCGUGGACUCUCGUUGCCCAGCACCCUCCUCGUGGACUUUGCCAGCUGAUCGCCCUUGCCUCCUGUUCACAGGCGGGCUGGUGCGAGGACCGCUGCCUGGAUUUGGCUGCUUGCGCCAAGCUGCCCAACUGUUGUCGCAUCGGGGAGGCUGCGCAUCCUGGGCCCCGUCGCCCUUCUGCUCGGCCGUUCCUCCCUGGCGGCCUCUCUGCGGCUCCUCUGCACUCUGCUGCCUCUGCGCGUCUGGGUCACUCUGCUUGGCUCGGCUUCCUCAGCUGGGUCCGUGCCUUCGUGUCCGAGGACCCUUUGCCUUCGUUCGUUUCGUGCCCUCUGCUCCUCGCCAUGGCCCUCCGCGCUUACGGCGACUACCUCUACCAGGCGAACGGCUCUCUGCAGAACUUUCGUUACACUGUGGUCGCUGCGCAACGUCUGUCCUGGAACAUGCGCGGCCAACUCGGCCCAGCCUGGGAAAUGGUAUCGCGAUGGGAACGCUUGCAGCCUGUGGAACACCGGACGCCCGUCCCUGAAGUGGUUAUAAAAGCGUUGGUGAGUCUUGCCUGGUGCCUUGGCAUGCGGCGUUGGGCAGCCGUGACUCUCAUCGCUUUCUACGGACUGGCCAGGAUCGGGGAGGUGCUCAAGGUGGACCGUCGGAGCCUGCUCCUGCCGGACGACCACUUGGGCGGCUUCUACGUUGCCUUCGUGAAACUGACAGAGUCUAAGACUGCAGGCCGGGGACGGCCGCGGGUGCAACACCUUCGGAUCGACUACGAGGUCUCUGUGAGCCUGAUUCAGCUUGCCACCUCCGGCCUCGCUUCCGAUGACAAGCUCUACCCUUUUGGCCCCGCUGCCUAUCGCAGCAGGUGGGACAAGCUGAUGGACGUCUUAGGCCUCCAUGGGAACGCAUUGCUCCCUGGAGGGCUCCGCGGUGGCGGCGCAGUGUGGGCAUACCAUCGAGGUCUGCCAAUAAGUGACAUCCAAUGGAGGAUGAGGCUAAAGAGCCAGAGCACCCUUGAACAUUACCUUCAAGAAGUCUCUGCCUUGAACUCGUUGCUUGAG